AUGUACAGAAUAGAUGUUUCAGAUUUUUAUGACUUCCAAACAUUCAGAAAUAUGUGUCCAUUUCGAGACUAUAACAAAGCAGUCGAGAAUUUGAAACGUUUAGUCAUUUAUGUCGACUCUGCCCCAGAAUGUUAUGUUAUGAAAGAAUGGGAUGUUGUCUUUAACAAACCAAGAGCGACAAUAGUUUCAGAACAAGAAUGUAAACAGAAACUUAAGAAAAUAAAAGUCGUACAAGUUGGUAUGAAGAUGUUAGAUGCUUGGGAUAUCUUAUUGUCAAAACUUGAAGAUUUUUCAGUUCGUGGUAUAAAGUUCUAUACACCAUCUCCAAACUUCUAUUCUAUCUUCACUGGAUAUAAAUACGAACAAGUAGAAUGGAAAGAAAAUGUUAUAGAAGCUUGGUUAGACCAUGUCAAAGAAAUUAUAUGCAAUGGAAACGAAAGAGUCUAUGAGUAUAUCUUAUGUUGGUUUGCAAACAUCUUACAACAUCCAAGUGCUAAAAAUGAAACUGCUCUCAUUAUAAUUGGAAAACAAGGAACAGGUAAGAACACUUUCUUUACAGAUAUUUUGUGCAAACU